AUGUCAAGUGAGAAAGUAAAGAGAGUGGAAGCAGAUGCAUCUGAUUUAUUAGCUAGUCUUUCAUUGAACAAAAGUGCAGAUAAACCUGAAGAAACCAAAAAGGGAUCAACACCUGACCCUUCUGAUUUAUUGGCCGGUCUCUCUUUAAAAAAAGAUGAUUCAAAGAAACCAGAAGAAAAGAAAGAUGUUGCUGAAGAGCCUGAAAAGGUGGAAAUUAAAGAUGACAAGAAAGAUGAAGUCAAAGAUGACAAAAAAGAGGAAUUAAAGGAUGAGGUGAAGGAAGAUGCCAAAGAUGAACCUAAAGAAGAAUCUACUAAUUUAAUCAAGUCAUCUUAUGAAGUCAAAGUUAAAUUAGCUGACAUCCAAGCUGAUCCUAAUUCACCAUUGUAUUCUGUCAAAUCAUUUGAAGAAUUAGGUUUAUCACCAGAAUUAUUGAAAGGGUUAUAUGCCAUGAAAUUCAACAAACCUUCCAAGAUUCAAGAAAAGGCAUUACCAUUAUUACUUUCAAACCCACCAAGAAAUAUGAUUGGGCAAUCACAAUCAGGUACUGGUAAAACAGCAGCAUUUUCAUUGACAAUGUUAUCAAGAGUUGAUCCAAAUAUAAAUAUGCCUCAAUGUAUUUGUUUAUCACCAACUAGAGAAUUGGCUAGACAAACUUUAGAAGUCAUUACCACUAUGGGUAAAUUCACCAAUAUCACUACCCAAUUGGUGGUACCUAAUGCUUAUCAAAGAGGUUCGUCUGUCAAUGCUCAAGUGUUAGUUGGUACACCAGGGACCGUUACUGAUCUCAUGAGAAGGAAACAAUUAAAUCUUAGCAAAAUGAAAGUUUUUGUUUUAGAUGAAGCCGAUAAUAUGUUGGAAGCACAAGGAUUGGGUGAUCAAGCUAUUAGAGUUAAAAGAGGUUUACCUAAUGGUACUCAAUUGGUGUUAUUUUCUGCCACUUUCCCAACUGAAGUUCGUGAAUAUGCUGAAAGACUUGUACCUAAUGCUAAUUCUUUAGAAUUGAAGCAAGAGGAAUUAAAUGUUGAUGGUAUUAAACAAUUAUAUAUGGAUUGUCGUUCUGAGCAACACAAAUUCGAAGUUUUAUGUGAAUUAUACGGGUUGUUGACCAUUGGUUCAUCAAUUAUAUUUGUUGAAAGGAAAGAAACCGCUGAUGUAUUAUAUGGUAAAAUGAAAAAAGAAGGUCAUACUGUGUCUAUUUUGCAUGGUGGAUUAGAUAAUGAAGACAGAGAUAGAUUAAUUGAUGAUUUCCGUGAAGGUAGAUCCAAAGUUUUAAUUACAACCAAUGUUUUGGCUAGAGGUAUUGAUAUUGCAUCUGUUUCCAUGGUGGUUAAUUAUGAUAUGCCAAUUGAUAAAUAUGGAAAACCAGACCCAUCAACUUAUUUGCAUAGAAUUGGUAGAACUGGUAGAUUUGGUAGAGUUGGGGUAUCCAUUUCAUUUAUUCAUGACAAAAGAUCAUAUGAUAUUUUAAUGGCCAUUAAAAAUUAUUUUGGUAAUGUUGAAAUGACUAGAGUUCCAACAGACGAUUGGGAUGAAGUGGAAAAAAUUGUUAAAAAAGUAAUUAAAAGUUAA